UCGUCCCCUGACUGGCUUCAAUCAAUUUUUCAGCUCAGUUAGUCGCCAGCAUCAGGUUCACAAUGACCUCCGAUACCACGUUGUACUUCUCGGCCGUCGAGCAUAUGUUCAAGGAAGUGCUAACAAUAGAGGGCAACGACGACCAGGUUCCUGGGAACGAGGAGGUAUCCGAAACUCCAAAGCGUUGUGUGCGUUUACGUCAGCAAAAGUUGUUUAUGAAUGACUCCAGUUUUGUGAUAAAUCGCCGAUCGCCAAAAAUUGAAUAUAAAGUUGACUUCAAAGGGAAUAUAUCGCCUCGCAGGCUAAAGGAGCUACGGGGUGAGGAAGUGCUCAGGAUGCGCAAGGAUAGAGCGGAAAAGGAACUAAUGAGGCCGCAAAAACGUCUUAAUUUGAGAAUAUAAUCGAUCGGAAAAUUGUUUGUGUUCUGAAAUCAAAGUGCUUCCCUGUUGUAUGCUUUACUUUAAGUUUUAUUUUUAAGUUCUGCCAAGUAUGCUAUGGUUACAUUAUUUAUACUUUCUGUGCCAUAAAUAAAAAUUAAGAAAUUAAAAAGUGCAUAAACGU